AUUUAAGUGACAAAACUCAAAAGAUAAUAAUUGUACUGUCUAAUGAAUAAACAUAUAUAUAAUAAUAUUUAAUAAAUUUUAUAAUUAAAUAUUCAGUUCUUUGUGAAAGGUGAUAUUUCGUAAGGUUUUCAACUAUAUAGUUUAUAACAACAAACUAACAAAGACUAACACUUAUGCUGAAGGCACACGAAAAUAUGCAUUUAGGGAUGAAUAUUUCAAAUGCAUUACAACAACUAGAAAGCGUCAAAAUAGCUGUGGAUACGAGCGAUGAUCCAAAGUUAAAGGCUGCAACAAAUGAUGAUUUAAAUAUGCUUAUAAAUUUGCUUGAGAAUCCAAUAUUAAGAAGCAUAGUAACACUACAGGAUUCUGUAGCCAUGCUCACUACUCAGGUUGCGCAUCAUCCUUCUAUUAUUCCAGAUGACUUUGAUAUAACACCUGCAGGUGACCUUGCUUUACAAACAAGAAAUUUUUUUGGAAUACAUGAAGGAGAUGAAGAACAAAGAGUUCCACAGGUUUCGCCACCGCAAAGCCUUGAAUUUGGUUUGUCUGGGGAGACCGAAAGAAUAUUAGGAAUUGAUACAGGAUCUGUUGAAUCACCUAAACAGACAAGAAGUAUUUUGGACAUAGCUAGAAACGAUGAGUCACUGGCAUCUGCAAAUAGUAUUGUCAUUGGAGAUUGGGCACAGGUUGAGAUAAUAAAUUUGGUCAAUGAUGGCACUGGUCUCGGAUUUGGUAUAAUUGGCGCCAGAACCAGUGGUGUUAUUGUAAAAACUAUUCUUGCUGGUGGCGUCGCUGAUCGUGAUGGAAGAUUAAAGUCGGGUGAUCAUAUAUUGCAAAUUGGAGAUGUAAGCCUCAUGGAAAUGGGGUCAGAGCAGGUGGCAGGGGUGCUCCGGGCAUCGGGUUCUCGUGUCCGUUUGGUAGUGGCUCGUGGGGUAGACCCGGCGACCUUGCACCCAUCAACUGCACCUGUCGUGCCGGCUAGACUUCUGUCAAGCCCUGAAGCUCUGGACCGCUAUCUCAUGGAAGCUGGUUUCGAGCAAGUAUUCCACACACAGCCGACACCACUUCCAGUCAACUCCGCUUCAACAAGAUUUGUCUUCGAUAAAUCCAUCACUCCGCCUCCAGAAAGCGACGCAGAGUCACCUGAAGUAGAUAGGUUUACCGUGCAACUUAAAAAGGACGAAAAUGGAUUGGGUAUCACCAUAGCAGGUUAUGUGUGUGAAAAAGAGGAAUUGUCCGGGAUUUUUGUGAAAUCGGUGACCCCGGGUAGUGCGGCUGCUCUAAGUGGUAAAGUGCGCGUUAAUGACCGCAUAGUGGCAGUUGAUGGCGUCUCACUCGCGGGUAAAUCAAACCAAAGGGCAGUGGACGCUCUCAAGCAGAGUGGGAACAUUGUCACCCUAGAACUUGAGAGAUAUCUUCGUGGUCCGAAAUUCGAGCAACUCCAGCAGGCCAUAGCGGCGGGUGAAAGCGCAGCGGCUGGAAUGACGAAUGUCAGCAAUCCCUUCUUGCACAUGCAUCGCGCUGAUAACUCUGAUUCCAGCGAACACCAAAUACAGAUGACACACCUUAAUACCACUUCAGAGACCAGUGUCGACGAUGUGAGCGAAAGCGGUCGUAGCUCUGUGUCGACGAUACAGCGACCGCAGCCGGCCUUUGAGAUGCCGCGGACACAGGAGCAAAAGGACGCCAUUAAGAGGAAGUGGCAGGCCAUACUUGGUGAUGACGUUGAGAUAGUGGUAGGUGUGGUGGUCCGAGGUGGUGGAGGCCUGGGUAUCUCCCUGGAGGGCACCGUGGAUGUGGAAGGUGGUAGAGAGGUCCGACCCCAUCACUAUGUCCGGUCUGUCUUGCCCGAAGGACCAGUGGGGCGUGCACGUGUGCAUAGACCCGGAGAUGAGUUACUUGAGGUGAACGGCCACAGACUGUUAGGCAUGAAUCACCUGGAAGUCGUAUCUAUUCUCAAGGAGUUGUCAAGUGAGGUCUGCAUGGUUUGCGCAAGACCUAGACCUACGCCAGCCAUAGACCUGACUCCACCUGCACCUACACUUGUUAAGGCAAAGUCAGAUGGAAGUCUGGCCGGCGCAGGCGCAGGUGUCGAAGAUGGUAACACAGGAAAGGUUCGUUCGCGCAGUCUGGAACCACUAACAGGCCUGGCUAUGUGGUCUUCAGAGCCACAGAUUAUUGAGUUAGUAAAAGGCGAGCGUGGUCUAGGUUUCUCGAUCCUAGACUAUCAGGACCCGCUGCGUCCUGCGCAUACGUUGGUUGUUAUUCGCUCGUUGGUGCCGGGGGGCGUGGCUCAACAAGAUGGAAGACUUAUACCCGGGGAUAGAUUACUAUUUGUUAAUGAUCAGAAUUUGGAAAACGCAAGUCUAGAGCAGGCAGUAGCGGCUCUGAAGGGCGCCCCAAGGGGCGUGGUCCGCAUCGGAGUGGCUAAGCCUUUGCCAUUGGCUGAUCACCCACCGCCGCCACCCACCACACCUCCGCCGUCGGCUUAAAACUCACUCCGCAUUAUUUAUGAUUGAGUUUCAUACAUACUAAAUUUCAUAAAUUUAAUCUAAUCAAUAAUAUAUGUAAUGGCGCCAAAAUUACAACAUAGUAUAGAGAGAGAUCUUUCUCGAUUAUUGCACUUACGCGGCGUCAUCUAUACAAUUUUACUUAUACAGUCCAUCAUUUUGACAAAUGACAAUUGUCACUUUGGUGAUAUUGGAAUAUUCGUUCAUUGUUGAGUUCAACAAACUUUUAAAGAAUCUUCCAUAAAAACUUAUUAGUAUUAUUUACAAGCGAUCAUUGUAUAAAGAACUGAAAUGUGAGAACACAUAGUAUACAUUAGAAUGCCAAGUUAUAACACAGUCUGUAAAUGGCCCUCUAUCUAUGUAUAGUAUAAUUGUUAAAAAAAAUAGUACACGAUCAAGUAUCAUGACAAGAUUUUAUUGUAUCUUUGUGCUUAUAUAAGUAAUAAACUGGCAAGAAACUAUGAAUUACAAAUAUUCCUUACGGUUAUUACUUCUUUCUAGCCAUUAAAGUGCUCGGUUUUGUACUUAUUGAAAUAAGAUUUUAUUUAUAUUGAAAUAUAUAUUAGCGUUAUCAGCAUUAUUUAAAAAGUUUAUAAAGUAUUAUUGUAAUUUGUUGUAUGAUCAUUGGCUGACGUUAUUACCAACAUCGUUGGAUUAUAAGUAUUAUUAUAAGACUAUUAAUUGUUAUCAUUCCAAAUAUUUUGAUUUAGAAAUAAAAUAGAAUAAAU